UUUUUAAAUCCGCUUUUGCUGAAAGUGGUUUUACAUUUGCAUAAUGAUGACAUUUUAGCUCAGUUCCAGGAUAAACUAAAUCUAUUGUUUGAUUGUCGCGUGUUUGUACUUAUCUAUUUCCGCGAUAGACAGUAUUUAAAGGGCUCUGGUUAAUUGUUGGUGUGCAGUCAAGAGCCGGCGAAUACAAAGGAUAAAGGAGCCUACACUGGACAAUACUUGCAGAAUGGAGAAAUAUCAUUUUCUGUCGUUAUGCUAUCUUCUUUGUACGUGGGACAUAACACUUCCGACGCAAGCAUAUUUACUCUCAAAUAUUUGUGGAAACAACCAAAACGCCGACACACUGAUACAUGGAGAUAGCCAAAAUGCUGUUAACAACUUUGUCCAUGAUAUCAGAGAGAAAAAAAAGUUUGAUCUUUACGGGGACAAUAUAAACCAUAUCGGUGGUUGCAGAAGACCUGCCGGACAGAACAGGCACAGACAAGGACGGGUAUAUGACGACGUGAUAUGGAUUUUAGACUGCUGGGAUCCACUUGAAUGCACCAUGAUUGAUACAGAAGAACAUCAAAGGGAUAUUUUAAAACUUAUCCCCUUUUCAUCCUCGCCAUCUGGCCAUGUCCACGUAAAAACUGUGCUAUUGCCAAUCGAUGAACAUAAUACUGUAUCUUAUACAUUUCUGCCUGAUGCGACCCACAAAAGCAUUUUCUUUGUCACUUCUUUGUUGACAGGCUGCAGUGUCUUUGUCGCCAAACCUGAAAAUUCGAACUGUAACCUUAUCGUUAUGCAUACUAACUACUUCUGUGGCAGCUCUCCUCACACCGACUACAACAACAAGCAGGCUAUGGCGGUGCUAGAAUUGGUUCGCGAAACAAACAAGCAUUGUCAGUACAGUGUGCAGUCUAUACGACGUUGGGCAGCCGAUAUCAAUCGCGACACAAUUGUUGCACAACAUUAUCCUUAUGCAAACAACAUCUUCUUCUACAGUAUGAGUUACGUCAAUUUCAUCUACGGAUUUAAAGUAGGCGGAGCCAGCGCUAGAUGGCGCUUCUGUAUCAAAGGGUUACACAACGGUGAACCAUCAGAAAACUGUUUUGACAUCUAAGUUGAACAUAUAAAUGCGUUUCUUCUUGAACAUUUUAACUAUAAAUCACAAAAGUCUUAGAUGUGAUUUAUUUUGUGUAUGAAACACACAAGCAUGUUUUGUCUAACAUAUGGAACAGAAAAGCGCAUUUUUUCUAAAGUAAUACAUGCGUGCCUUAUUUUUAAAGUGAAACUAAAAGAAUCAUGUUUUGUACACGAAACUCACAAUUGUUUCUUUAAAAUUACAAUUGCACACUAUCUAAAGUCUGAUUCUUACAAACAUUUCAAAAUAUACAGUUGUCUCUUAUUUUGCUACUUUCCUAUAUUUUAUUAUAUAAAUAAAUGACAUAUUGUUCAUACAUAUUGUUCAUAGAUCUGGGCCCAUAUUAUAAAGCUCCAAAGGGAAAAUUUUCUCUAAGGGACUUACUAAGGGAAAAGUUCCAAAGCAUUUUGUGGACAAUAGUCGGGAUAUUUGGAAUGUCUAACAAUAUUGUCACAUACAGAAUGGCAUAGUUAUGAAGAUUAUCAAUAAAUUUUAUAAAGGCUG